UUGAGAGAAUGGUACACCACCGCGGUCGGAGGUGCGCAGCGAUCCCCGAGUCCCGUUUUAUACUUCUCCAACUUUAACAGAGGCGCGUAGGUUAACAAGAGUGCAUGCGUAAAGUUGAACGCGUCUCGCCGCGGUCGCUGCUUCCAGAUGGCUUGGAUUGCGUCCUCUCACCUGCGCGGCUCCGGCGCUGCUUUCAUCCUCUUCGCGCUGAUUCUGACAGGUGAUGCGGUCGCGCAGGGCUUUGACAGUUACGGAUUAUCAUACGCCUUGAGGUCCGAGCUUUCAGAGGACACGAUAUUGGUUGCCAAUAAUGGGAUCCGCGUGCCUUUCGGGAGAUCCGUCUUCAUCGAUCCCGUCAACGAUUUGGUUAUCCAAGUUCAGCCCGGGGAUCGAUGCAGCAUCACAGUCCUGGAUAAUGAUCCCUUGUCACAGAGGCCCGGACUCCUGUCUCCCAAAAAGUUUCCGUGUGAAUUUGGCCCCAACGACGUGAAAUAUUCCCACUUCGGCUCCAGGAGUCCCCCGAGGGACAGAGUGAGGUUACAACUCAGGUAUGACACGCAAACGGAUACAAUUAUUAUACCGUUCAUGAUGGAGGUGGAGGUGGUUUUCACACAGCUGGAGGUGCUGACCAAAAACAUGCCACUUAUUGUGGAGAAACUGCUCGGCACGAGUAAUCCCAUUGAUAAAAGGAUUUUAGAGUUUACCUACGACAGGGGCGCACAGCAGUGCAGAGUGGUCUCCCUCUCCAGGGGCAGCGCGCUGCCCAGGUACGGAAAACUUGUGGAUGAGGACGGACUCGGCGCCAUGCUGGACUGCGAUCAAUUCAUUGAAAUGAACACCCGUUAUCAGCACACUUUUGCUCUGAAGUCUCCAAACAGAGAUUACGUCCCUAUGCUUGUGGAAUUACACGACCAAGAGGGAAAUUUGCUCAAGCAGGAAUUUUUCCAGAUUCUGGUAAGAAUAAAAGAUGGGGAGGACAACACGCAGCCUAAACCCAGCUUCGUUGCUAUGAUGAUGAUGGAAGUGGACCAGUUUGUGAUGACGGCAAUAACUGUGGAUAUGUUGGCCGCAGAGGAUCUGGAGUCUAAUCCCGACGAGUUGAUUUUCAACAUCACAUCCCCUCUCUCCUUUGAGGAGGGUUACAUAGUCAGCACAGAUGACAGGAAUUUACCAAUAACCUCAUUUUAUCAAGGAGACCUCAAAGAAUUGAAAAUAGCAUAUAAACCCCCUGCAGUGGAUUCAGACACUGAGCGGAUUUUCCAGAUUGAGUUUGAGGUUGUGGACACAGAGGGGGCUGUGUCAGACCCUUUUGCUUUUAUGAUUGUUGUUAAGCCCAUGAAUACACUGGCCCCCGUGGUCACGAGAAAUACUGGACAGCUACUGUAUGAAGGUCAGUCCAGGCCUUUGUCUAGCUCUGAGAACUUGGAAAUCAGCGAUGAAGACAACUUAGACAAAGUUCAAAUUUCUGUUAUUGAUGGGCUGAGGCAUGGAGACUUAACUGUUCUGGGCUCCACGAGGAAAUUUUUCACCCCAACCGAUCUCGAUGCUGGAGUAGUCAUUUAUCAACACGACGGUAGUGACACCUACAGUGAUAAUAUUAUUUUCAGGAUGACAGAUGGGACAAAUGAGGUGGAGUUUCUGUUUCCCAUCACUGUUGUGCCAACAGAUGAUGAGCCUCCCAUAAUCAAUGCCAACACUGGGUUGGUUUUAUUUAAAAACCAAAUGAUGCCAAUCUCGUCACUUAUGCUCAGUGCAGCUGACAUCGACUCUGAGGAUUCCACAAUAAAAUUCACAUUAAAGCCUCCCUUCUCAACAGUGGGGCAGGUGAUGCUGCGUCAGUCUGAGGCACCGGAGGACCCAUCGACUUGGAAGUUUAAUACAGAGGAUGAAAUGUAUGAAAAAGUUGUGACUGAAUGGCAACAGCAGGAUAUUACUGAUGGGAAGUUGUUCUACAAGCACAUAGGGCCACACAGCACCAGCACGGUCAUGGACCAGUUUGUAUUUCGAGUUCAAGAUGACAACGACCCGCCUAAUGAGUCGGGAGAGAGCUCAUUCAUUAUCAAAAUUCUCCCUAUUGAUGAUCUACCACCUGAACUGUACCCUGGCACGACCUUGCAAAUUACCGUGCACGAAUACCAGCUCACCCACUUCCGAAAGAAAUUCCUCCGUUAUACUGACCUCGACUCAGAGGAUCGGGAUCUGAAAUACACGAUCAUCCAACCACCAACAGACACAGAUGAGAACAGCCCUGUAGUAUUGGGAGCUCUGGUAUUGACCGAAAACCCAAACACUGAAGUCACGACUUUCACGCAAGCACAAAUCAACCAUCAUAAAAUAGCCUACAAGCCUCCCGACCUCGAGCUUGGAAUUACUUCCCGCGUUUUACAGUUUAGGUUAACGGUUGAAGACGUCUCUAGGAAUACAGCAGAGGGAGUUUUUACUAUAUUUUUAAAGCCUGUGAACAACCAGCCACCUCAGAUAACAAACUCUGGGUUCACUGUGCAUGAACGUGGCAGACACAUCCUUACCCUUGGUGAGCUGGACACCACAGACACAGACACAGACAGCACAAAGAUUUCCUUCACAAUCACGCAGCCUCCGCUUCAUGGCCACAUCCAGUUUUCAUUUACUGACAUGACAAAAGGAGACACUUUUGGCUUAGAGGAUAUUGCAAAUGGCAGGAUUUCCUAUGUCCAUAACGGGGAUGAAUCAGCUGUGGAUACCAUACAAAUAGACAUCAGUGAUGGGGUGCACAUUGUCCCAAUAACUAUAAGGAUUACAGUGAAGCCCAUUGAUGAUGAAACCCCAACUAUUAAUCUACCAGCUGGCACAAUAGGCUCCUACAUAGAUGUACUCGAAAAUGGAGCUACAGAAAUAACAAGUAAUGUUAUUCAGGGUAGAGAUGAGGACACCGAUGACCUGCGUUUGACAUUCAUUGUUGAAGACAAGCCAUCAUUAGGUGAGAUCCUGGUGAAAGGGGUUCCAUCUGGCACAUUCACUCAAGCUGAUAUCAUUAAUGGCUUUGUGGUCUAUUCUCAUACCAGCGGGGAGAUAGGCCCAAACACAAAGGAGGAUUUUUUCAAUCUCACUCUGACAGAUAUGUCUGAUGAGUGGACAGUGGGAGGAAAUCAAAUCACAGGUGUCAGAGUGCACGUGACCAUACUCCCCCUGGACAGCCAGGCUCCAGAGGUCUUCGUCGGUCCACAGUUCACCGUUACUGAAGGAGAGAAGAAUGUCAUUCAGAUUCUUCAUAUCAGUGCUAAUGAUGUUGACACCCCAAGUGAUGACCUCCUUUGUACAAUUAUUGUGCAGCCAACUUCGGGAUAUGUGGAAAAUAUCUCCCCUGCUCCAGGCUCGGAGAAAUCCCGGUCUGGAACGGCGAUCAGUGCUUUUACCAUCAAGGACAUCAGGCAUAAUCACAUUUACUAUGUUCAAAGCAUUCACAGAGGAGUCGAGCCUGUGGAAGACAGGUUUACCUUCAGAUGCUCUGAUGGCAUCAAUUUCUCUGAAAGGCACUUUUUCCCCAUCUCCAUAAUCCCCUCAAAUGACGAAAAGCCUGAGAUUUACAUGAGAGAGUUUGUGGUUAUGGAGGGCAUGAACAUAGUCAUUGACACUCCCAUUUUGAAUGGCGCUGAUGCAGAUCUCCCCUCAGAUCAUCUCACAUUCUUCAUUACCAAACCCCCCAGGUACGGAUUUAUUUUAAAUCAGCUCACUACCGGCACCCUCCCCGUGACCAACUUCACCUUGGAUCAGAUCAGAGAGGGCUCCAGUAUUGUGUAUGAGCACGAUGACUCAGAGACCACAGAGGACAGCUUUGAUAUUGUUCUCACAGAUGGAAAGUUCAGCGUAGAGAAAAAAGUAAUAGUUAUGAUCAUCCCUGUGGACGAUGAAACCCCGCGGAUGGCCAUCAACGACGGCCUUGAAAUUGAGAUAGGUGAGGUUAAAGUAAUCAGCAGUAAUGUUUUAAAAGCCACUGAUCUGGACUCUGAAGAUAGCACACUGACGUAUAUUAUUAGAUACGGACCUGGGCAGGGAUAUCUGCAAAGAACAACGCCAUCUGGGAUGUUGGAAAAUAUCACAGUUGGCAUGAAUUUUACACAGAAUGAAGUGGAUCAGGAGUUGAUCAUAUACAUCCACAACGGCCAAGAAGGAAUUCGAGACCUCAUCAAAUUUGAUGUGACAGAUGGCAUUAAUGCUUUAAUUGACAGAUACUUUUAUGUCACAAUCGGUGGCAUUGACAUGGUUUUCCCUGAUGUGAUCAAUAAAGGAGUAUCUCUUAAAGAAGGUGGCAGAGUUACCUUGACGACCGACCUUCUCAGCACCAGUGAUCUUAACAGCCCAGAUGAACACUUGGUUUUCACAAUCACCCGCGCUCCAGUGAGAGGACAUCUGGAGUGCACGGACACACCUGGGGUGCCCAUCUCAUCCUUUACACAGCUCCAGCUGGCCGGUAACAAAGUCUAUUACAUCCACACUGCCGACGAUGAAAUGAAGAUGGAUAGCUUUGAAUUUGAAGUAACUGAUGGCUACAACCCCGUGUUCCGAACCUUCCGCAUCUCCAUCAUUGGUGUGGAUAAUAAAAAGCCCGUAGUGACAAUCCACAGCCUGACGGUGACCGAGGGAGAAAAUAAACUCAUCACGCCUUUUGAGUUAACGGUUGAGGACAGAGACACUAUUGACCGCCUCUUGAAAUUCACAGUUACUCAGAUUCCAGUUCAUGGUCGCCUUCUCUUUAACAACACCCGGCCUGUCACCUCCUUCUCAAAGCAGGAUCUUAACGAGAACCUGAUCAGCUACAAACACGAUGGCACCGAGAGCAAAGAGGACAGUUUCUCCUUCACCGUCACCGAUGGCACACACACAGACUUCUACAUCUUCCCCGACACAGUAUUUGAAACUCGAAAGCCCCAGGCGAUGAAGAUUACCAUUCUGCCCGUGGAUAAUGGGGUACCACAGAUUGUGGUGAACAAGGGUGCCCCGACUUUGCGGGUUCUGGAGACUGGUCACAUUGGGUUUGUCAUCACCAGUAAGACCCUCAAAGCAGAGGACAGAGACAGCAUUCAGGACACUGUGACUUUUAGGAUUACCGUUGCCCCGGUACAUGGUUACCUGAUCAACCCAGGGAGAGGAAAUGCCACCAUUACCAGCUUCACACAAGCUGAAAUUGACGAUAUGAACAUAUGCUACGUUCUGAGGGAUGGUGACGAUGCCACAAAUGACAUCUUUCAGUUCUCCAUUGAGGACAGUGGAGGGAACAAACUGAGGAACCAGCAGUUUCGUCUGAAUUGGGCUUGGAUUUCCCUGGAAAAGGAAUACUAUGUUGUGGAUGAGGAGGUGAAGUUCCUGGAGGUGGUGCUGAAACGGCGCGGUUACCUGGGGGAGACUUCGUUUGUUGGUAUUGGCACAAAGGAUGGCACAGCACAGAAGGACAAAGAUUUCCGUGGGAAGUCUCAGAAACAGGUGCAAUUCAACCCAGGCCAGACCACGGCCACCUGGAGGGUCCGAAUCCUGUCAGAUAACGAGUACGAAGUGUCAGAGGCUUUCCAGAUUGUUCUGUCCGAGCCAGUGAUGGCAGCUCUCGAAUUCCCAGAGGCUGCUACUGUGGAGAUCCUGGACCCCGGUGACGAAUCAACAGUGUUUAUACCUUCAGCUGUGUACAACAUAGAGGAGGAUAUCGGAGAGCUGCUCGUUCCCGUACGCAGGAGUGGAGACCUCAGCCAAGAGCUCUUGGUCGUAUGCUGCACUCAGCAAGUUUCAGCCACAGGCACCGUCCCCACCAGAGUGCUGUCCUACUCUGAUUACAUCUCCAGGCCCGAAGACCAUCACAGCAUCCUGCGCUUCGAGAAGGGAGAGAUAGAGAAACCCUGCCGCGUGGUGAUCAUUGAUGACUCCCUGUAUGAAGAUGAGGAGAGCUUCAAUGUCACCCUGAGCAUGCCCAUGGGGGGCCGUCUGGGCUCAGAGUUCCCCACAGCCACAAUCGUAAUAAUUCCAGAUAUGGAUGAUGAUCCCGUCUUCUACUUCGAUAACACAGAAUACCAGGUGGAUGAGAGCGAAGGCUUCGUGGAGGUGCAGGUGUGGAGGACGGGCACUGAUCUCUCCAAGGGAGGAACUGUCACUGUGCGAUCCAGAAAGACAGAUCCUGUCUCAGCUGAGGCUGGCGUGGAUUAUGUGGGGAUCAGCCGGAAUCUGGACUUUGCACCAGGGGUCACCAUGCAAACAUUUCGCGUGACUAUCCUUGAUGAUCUGGGCCAGCCGGCCCUUGAGGGUCCAGAGAAGUUUGAGCUGGUCCUCCGCAUGCCCAUGAACGGCAUCCUCGGGGAGCCCGGCAAGACCAGCAUCCUCAUCAACGACUCCGUUUCUGACUUGCCGAGGGUGCAGUUCCGCGAUGCCGUGUAUGUGGGUGAUGAGAGCUCAGGACAGAUCUCCGCCACCGUCUACCGUAGUGGUGACAUCAGCUACAAGUCCACGGUGCGCUGCUACAGCCGGCAGGGCACAGCACAAGUCAUGAUGGACUUCACUGAGAGGCCCAACACAGAUGCCUCCAUCAUCACCUUCCUGCCAGGAGAGAUUGAGAAACCUUGUUUGUUGGUGCUGGUUGAUGACAUGGAACACGAGGAGGAGGAAGAGCUGCGUCUGGUAUUGGGAAGCCCCAAGAGUGAAUCUCCGUUUGGAGCAUCUAUUGGGAAGCAGAACGAAACGCUGAUCAAAAUAAAAGAUAAUGCAGACAGGUCAAUUAUUAGUUUCGGGGAGACCAAAUUUAGCGUGAAUGAGCCUAAGGAAAAUGGCCAGGUCUCCGUGGUGAAGAUCCCUGUGUUCCGUGUUGGAGACACUUCCAAGGUGUCCGUUGUCAGAGUUCACACCAAAGAUGGAUCUGCUGCCUCUGGAGAGGACUACCAUCCCAUCUCUGAGGAAAUUGUGUUCAGACAGGGUGAAACAGAGCACUACGUGGAGGUGGAGAUUUUAUAUGACGGAGUCAGAGAAAUGAGGGAGGCCUUCACUGUCCACCUGAAGCCCGAUGAGAACAUGGUGGCAGAAACAAAGAUGAGCAAAGCUAUCAUCUAUAUUGAAGAGAGCGACAGCAUGGCAGAUGUGACCUUUCCCUCCGUACCAAGAGUGGUUUCUCUGUUUCAUUAUGACGACGUCGACAGGACCAGAGACUCUCAGCCGAUGGCCGGAUACCCCGUCGUUUGUAUCACUGCUUGUAACCCCAAGUAUCCUGACUAUGACAAAACCGGCUCCAUCUGCGUGAGCGAGAGCAUCAACAACACGCUGACUCGUUACCGCUGGCUGGUCAGCGCCCCCACCGGCCCGGACGGUGUCACCAGUCCCAUGAGGGAAGCUGAUUUCGACACUUUCUUCACCUCCUCCAAACUCAUCUCUCUGGACUCAGUGUAUUUCCAGGCUGGCUCCAGGGUCCAGUGCGCUGCGAGGGCUGUGAACUCUAACGGGGAUGAAGGUCUGGAGCUCAGCAGCCCCAUCGUGUCCAUCAGCGCAGACGAGGGAAUGUGCCAGCCUCGUGUCGCCGGCACGGUGGGGGCCGAGCCCUUCUCUGCCAAGCUGCGGUACAGUGGAGCAGAGGAUACGGACCACCCCAACCUCAUCAAAUUAACCGUCACCAUGCCUCACAUCGAUGGAAUGCUGCCUGUGGUGUCCACCCGACCCCUGUCUAACUUUGAGCUGACCCUGAGCGCUGACGGGACCCGCGUCGGCCAGCAUCGCUGCUCCAAUUUGCUGGACUACACCGAGGUCAAGACCCGCUAUGGUUUUCUGAGUGAAGCCACCAGAAACCCGGAGGUGAUCGGCGAGACUGCGCCAUACCAGUACAGCCCCGCCCUCAGGGGAUCCAGCACGCUGCGCUUCUACAGAAACCUCAACCUGGAGGCCUGUUUGUGGGAAUUCACCAGCUACUAUGACAUGUCUGAGCUGCUCAGUGACUGCGGCGGCACCAUCGGGACUGAUGGACAGGUGCUGAAUCUGGUCCAGUCCUACGUGACCCUGCGAGUCCCCCUGCAUGUGUCCUAUGUGUUCCACUCCCCUGUGGGUGCAGGAGGGUGGCAGCACCUGGAUCUGCAGUCAGAGCUCAGGCUCACCUUUGUGUACGACACUGCCAUCUUGUGGAGGGAUGGCAUCGGCAGCCCACCAGAGGCCGAGCUGCAAGGUGCCCUUUACCCAACCAGCAUGCGCAUAAAUGACCGGGGACAACUAGUAGUCAACUUUCGCACAGAGGCUCGAUUCAGAGGCUUGUUUGUGUUUGCACACCCAGCUUCAUCCCUCACAUCGAUGGUCAUGUGCCCGGACCAUCCUGGUUUAACCUUCAAUCUGUCGCUGGUGAGGAGUGAACCCACCUACAGCCAGCCCAGCCAACAGUGGACGUUCGUCUCUGAUUUUGCUGUCCGGGACUAUUCUGGGAUGUACACGGUGAAGCUGAUCCCUUGCACUUCCCCUCCGAGCCUGCAGUACAACAUCCCCCCCGUCUGCAAUCCCAGAGAGCCUCUCACAUUCGACCUGGAUAUCCGCUUUCAGCAGGUUAGUGAUCCAGUGGCUGCUGAGUUCAGUCUGAACACACAGAUGAUGCUGCUGUCUAAACGCACGCUCUGGCUCUCAGACGGCUCGAUGGGCUUCGGAGAGGAGAGCGACAUGGCUUUCUCACAAGGAGAUACAGUUUAUGGCCGGGUGAUGGUGGACCCGGUCCAAAACUUGGGAGAUUCAUUUAUUUGCAACAUAGAGAAAGUGUUCCUUUGCACUGGAGCAGAUGGAUAUGUCCCUAAAUACAGCCCCAGCAACUUUGAGUUCGGCUGCCUGGCUGAUGCUCCAUCACUACUCUACCGGUUCAAGAUCAUUGAUAAAGCCCAGCCAGAGACCCAGGCCCGUUCAUUUGGUAACGUAGCCUUCAGCGCCCUCCUGGCUGUGGACGACCCCGGAGCUUUAGCUCUGGUGAGACAACCUGGAGCAGAUGGCUUCAGAAUGGAUUCAACGGCUCUCUUCCAGGUUGCUGCAGGGAGAGAGUGGUACAUACACACCAUCUACACUGUCCGUUCCCGGGACAACGCUAACCGCGGCAUUGGGAAGAGAAGUCUGGAAUACCACGCGAUAAGCAGAUACACAAAUCCUCUUCCGGAGGGUCAACACCGCGCCAGAAGAUCGGCCAACGACGUGCCAGACGUAGCAGAGGAGAUCGGAGCGGGCAACAAUCGUGGCACCAACAUCCUGCACAUCGCUCUGGACCGCAGCAGCCAGCAGAAGACCAGUCCAGAGAGAGGGGUCUUCACCCAAGGCAGCGUCCCCCAGGAGCUCAAUCAGAGGGACGGCGAUGACGGGCUGGUGCAGAUCAUCGGUAUCUUUGUGGGAUUGCUCCUCACGGUGCUCCUCAUCGUCGUGGUGGUGUUGGUGGUGCACUCCAAGCAAGGGAAGAAGGAAGUACCUAGGAACUCCAGCAGCACAGAGCCCAUGAUGACCCAAGGCCUCGGCAACAGUGACAGCUCAGAGGUCUAAGACUCUCUUUAAGGGAUUUUGCUCAUAUUUUUAUUUUGCAAGUGCCUCACGUUUAGCUAAAGAUUAAAGAUUGUGUCUGAAGCAGCACAAACUCUAAGAGCUUUGAUUACAUUCAGAAAACUACUUGAAAUAUGACACGGAUCGUUCUGGGACCGGUCUGGACGCAAGGAGAUGGACAGUGUUAGGAGCUGUUUCAAGGCAUUUGUCAAGUUGUUGUCAGCACUCGCUUAUUGUUAUUGGUUGGCUUUGACGCCAAUUGAUUAAAAAAAACAAAAAAAACAAAACAACAAAGGACAGUUCUAUGUUUCCAAAGGUGCUACAGAAGAUCCCAUUUAACUUGAAUGCCAUUGAGCUGCUUAGCUGAGUUGGUCAAGAGAAGGUGGAUAUUGUGCUUUACGUCGUAGUUAUCAAUAACAGGCUUUGUACAUUUAAGUGCGCCAAAACGCUGUCUCCAAUUUGCUUUCACUGAGAAAAUGUCUCUGCUCUUAAAGAGAAUGAGUUGUCCUUAGAUGUGCCUAAGAAGUCCCAUAGAUUCUGAGGUUUUAUUAUGUAAAACGUUUGUCCUGUGUGAUCAGUAAAUCAAUCAAUCCAAUGAAACCAGUCAUUUGAAUGAGUGUUGUCAGUUGUGCUCAUGUUUCUGCAUGCAUUUCAUCUUUUGUAUUUUGAAAACUUUAAAUGUUUAUUUCAAAUGGAUUUGUGACAAAUGUGUCUGAUCUGCUGUAUUUCCACCCGUUUGUGUUUUACUGUAUAUCUCCCGUAUUUAUCAGUGCUUUACUGUUAUUGUUAUAUAUCCUCGAUUAUUUAGUUGUUGAAACCCUGUAUGAUUUCAGGACUUAAAGAGGACAUGAAAAAAAAAACAAAAAAAACUUUUCCAUGCUUGAGAGAAUAUAUUUCAGUGUCAGAACGCAACAAAAAAUUUCGAACAUGCAUAACUCCUUCACUUAUUUUUGAAAACAAAAGAAUAUCAUUGCAGGUCACUGUGACAUUACAGAUCCAGAUCAGAGCUAAACCCAAUUUUAACUUCACUCAGCACAUCAUGCAUUACUUGCUGUACUUCAUAAAUGGGUACCACAAAGCAGAACGCAGCCCUCCACCCUCUGAAAGCGGCUGCUAUGAAAACACUGAAAAAGGUGCUUUUGCCCGGCAUCCCUGUGGUAUUUGAAACAAAGCAUGUCAGACGUGUCAUUAAUACCUCAGGAAGUUGUGUUGUGUCAACCUACAGUAUGACCUACAGUAUGAGAAAAAAAGGCGUAACAUGUCUCCUUUAAUGAUUGACAAGUGGCUCCAAAUCAAAUAAGAAACUUUAUUGUAAGAGGAGUGGUAGUGGAGCAACUUUAAAGCCAGUGUGUACAGCCUGGAAAAGUCACAUUCAAGACCCACCAGUUCAGCAAAGGAAUUAUUUUCACUCUUGGUAGAACCACUUUAAAUGUGGAGUUUACAAUCACUAAAACACUUUCACAACAAAGCUUUAUGACAGUUUUUUUUAAUGCAUUUCACAGAAAGGGAAUUAAACAUUUCUGUCGCCAUGACUGAUUAGUAUUAAAUGCAUUGUUAUAUUUGUUCCAGUGCAUUAUUUUGGCAUAAAUCAAGUACUAGUUUUUGCUCGCAUUUUAAUUUGAUUCCAACCUUUUUUGUCAAACCAUUUGACAUAUUUGCCUUUGUGAAAAGAAUAUACAAUGAAAAGUGAACAUAUAAUUUUUUCUUUGAAGCAUUUUGUAAAUACGAUGAAACAAACUGUUCAUUCACAGCUUCUCUUUUUUCAUGUCAGAUACCAGUUUACCACAGAUUCUGAUUACCUCUCCAUCCUUUGAUAAACUUCAUUUUGUACUUUUAUAAAUGUUUGGUUCAUUUGCAAUUUUAUUUUGAAAACUAUUCUAUGCAAUCUGUGAUAUAAUACCUUCAUUAUAUGUUGCUUUCCACUAUGUUUUGUUUGUUUUUUUGAAGUUUGGUGUACAAUCUGCUUGCUUAUUUAAACUUGAGCCUGCAUUGUUGAACUACGUUUGCUCUUACUUUCACCACAUCCUCAUACUUUGAGUGCAUUUGAUGUUUCUACGCACAUUCACGUAUGUAUGUAUGUAUGUAUAUACAUCUAUAUUACAAUAUAACUAUCCUGUUCACAUGUUUUGGGAAUGGUUGAUGUUGAAAAUUAAUUCUAUAUGUGCUGUAAGUAUUUGUAACAUAGGCCGGAAGCAAAACUGGUCUGCAAAUAAAUAAUUUUUUCAAGAAAAACUGGUUUAAAUGUGAUG